GAGCUUCAUUUCGCAGCAAAGCGAGAGAGAGACAGAGAGCCUGCAUUUCAUUUCCCUCGUCUUUGUGAUUUACAAUCACAAAUAAUACAAUUUCAAUUUCAAUUUCAAUUUAAUUUUCCUUUUUCUUUUAAAGAAAAACAAAAAAAAUCACAGAGCAUGAUAGAGGGGUCGAGACUCGACCCAACCUCAAAACGACUCGUUUCGCUCUCCCGAUCCGCAGCAACGCUUCGAUCGUCGUCCGGCCGGCGCUGAGCUUCGCUGCGCAACCGUCAGAUCUGCUGGGAAUCGGCGGUGGUUUGAGAUCUGAGGAAAAAGCGCGGGAGGAGAAGGAGGAGGUGAAACGAUGCCGUCUCACGGGGAUCUGGACCGUCAGAUCGAGCAUCUGAUGGAGUGCAAGACGUUGCCGGAGGCGGAGGUGAAGAUGCUGUGCGAGCAAGCGAGGGCGAUCCUGGUGGAGGAGUGGAACGUGCAACCGGUCAAGUGCCCGGUUACGGUGUGUGGGGAUAUACACGGCCAGUUCUACGACCUCAUUGAGCUUUUUCGGAUAGGAGGCAACGCUCCUGAUACUAAUUACCUUUUCAUGGGUGAUUAUGUAGAUCGUGGAUAUUAUUCUGUGGAGACUGUCACACUUCUGGUGGCUCUGAAAGUUCGUUAUAGAGAUAGAAUUACAAUCCUGAGAGGAAAUCAUGAGAGUCGGCAAAUUACUCAAGUGUAUGGUUUCUACGAUGAGUGUUUAAGAAAAUACGGAAAUGCCAAUGUCUGGAAGUACUUUACUGACUUAUUUGAUUAUCUUCCCCUCACAGCCCUUAUUGAGAGUCAGAUUUUCUGUUUGCAUGGGGGCCUUUCACCAUCGUUGGACACAUUGGACAAUAUCCGAGCCUUGGACCGUAUCCAGGAGGUUCCACAUGAAGGACCAAUGUGCGAUCUCUUAUGGUCUGAUCCUGAUGACCGCUGUGGUUGGGGAAUAUCGCCACGUGGUGCUGGUUAUACAUUUGGACAGGAUAUAGCUGCUCAGUUUAAUCAUACCAAUGGACUCAGCCUGAUUUCAAGAGCUCAUCAGCUAGUCAUGGAAGGAUACAACUGGUGCCAGGAAAAGAACGUCGUGACUGUUUUUAGUGCUCCAAACUAUUGUUAUCGGUGUGGGAAUAUGGCUGCAAUUUUGGAAAUUGGGGAGAAUAUGGACCAGAAUUUUCUACAGUUUGACCCAGCUCCUCGUCAAAUUGAGCCUGACAACACACGCAAGACUCCAGAUUAUUUUUUGUGAUUUCAAUAUGUCAAUGGGCUGUGUGUAAUCCAUGUUUCUGCCAUGUUACUGUAGAUGUGUCUUUAAGAGGAGUUCAGUUGUUUAAGUUGAGGGUUAUGGUCAACAUGAUUCUUUUGUUUGGAGUUUUUGUCCUGCUGCUGCUGUUUUGUUGAUUUGCUGAAAAAACUCGUUAGGAGAAUUGACAGUAGUCACCGAUGGUCUGUCGCUAUUGUCUUGUAUAUUUUUCGAGAGGAAACGGCAAUAACAUGGUAUAUCUUGUUCAGUAAUUUUGCAUCUUCAACGUAGAAAGCUGAUUUUUGAAUCA